UUCGUCGUCUCAGUCGCAAAGAUUAGACUUCAUCAUGCAUGGGGUUCGGCCAGCGAAUGGAAAGAGAGCGAACACAGCCAUGGUUGUUGUUGGGCUCCACCGCUCGGUUUGCUGCUGGUGCGAUCUGGUCCGAUAAGCUGGUCCGUCGGGGCUAUCCCUCGGGAACAUUGGGACGGUCGCAGUGGCCAGCUGGUCCAGCAGUUAGUGUCAGUCACUUUCGGACCGUUCGUGUGAUCAGAUGCAAUCGAAGUGCUGCCGUACAGUAUCGGUACGAUGGUGACGUGCACGUUGGACGGUGUUAUUACCUUCGGUGUGGCACUGUUGCUAGUGUCGGCGGUUUGUGGGAACCCGGUCGAGUCGUCCUGCCCCCUGCUACGUGUCGCAUCAUCUGCCACAUCCGAAUGGCAACCACGCACACCGGAGCAAACGCUGUACGCGUACGUGCGCUGCCUGAACGAUUCGUCCGCCAGCAUUGAGAUGAAGAUUCGCUGGGUCAUGUGGCAACCGGACAUGUCGCCCGAAAGCCAGUGUUACGUGAAGUGCGUCAGUGAGGACCUCCGGUUGUACGAUCCGGCCCGAAGACAGUUUGUGCCCGAGCGCUUCGAGCGGCAGGCCCGUGCAUUCCACGAAGAUCCAGACGGAGCCGAUAUGCAGCAACUCUACAGUGACGCAAACCAGCUGCUAGCGGGUGAACUACCGGACAGUGAAUGUUCGACGGUGUUCGCCAAGUACGCACCAUUCUACGCGGUGCAUCAGGAACACAUACUGGAUAUCUUCCAUGGUGAUCUGCGCAAAAUCUUGGUCACGUACCAGCAGCUGGGAUCACGCGUCAAACAGAUCGGACAGCACUUUAUGGAUUACUGCGAGAAGCGGUACGGUUUCGUGUGGUCAGAGGUGGAACAGAGCCGGUGUCCCGAUCCGACCGCAGUGGAAUGCAUGCUGCGCGGGUUUCGCUGGAUCACCGAGGAGGGUACGGUGAAUGUUGCAGAGAUUGUGCGAGACUACGGUGGGUUCGGUGUGGCGGCUAGCGAACUGGAGCGCUGUCUGGUGGCCGACGAGCUGUACUGGUGUCUACGCGCUAUCAGUGCAGACAAACUAUCGGCCGUAAUACGGCAGCGCAAUGCGCAAACGGCGUACUACUUCGAUCAAGCGUCCGAAGAUGAGCCGUGGAAGUCGGCCGUGGAGUUUGGCAAUUCACGGCUUAAUCGAGCUUAGCGAUUGAGGAGUAGAGGGAAAGCCUUUACCAGAGGCCGAAGCAAUAAUAAUAUGUCAGGUGUUGUGUGGAGCAGGCACAAGUUUCACAAAUGAAAUAAACCAAAAAAUCUAUAAGUGAACCAUCGAUAUGUUA